GUUCAAUGCUCUUCUAUGUUCUUAACCAAACCCAUCAUAUUAUCAUCUCACUGCAGCGUCUCAGCAGCUGUGGGCGCUAUUCAGAAGUUAACACGCGUGAGGGUGGUGGACAACAGCGCUCUGGGGAAUGCCCACCACCACCGUCCACCAAAAGUCAUUCACGUAUACACCAAGAAUGGAAUUGGCAAAGUGGGCGACCGAGUCUUACUGGCCAUUAAAGGACAGAAGAAGAAAGCUCUCAUAGUGGGUCACAAGAUGCCUGGAGCUCGAAUGACCCCACGCUUCGACUCAAAUAACGUGGUUUUGAUCGAAGAGAAUGGAAACCCCACAGGAACAAGAAUAAAAGCUCCUAUACCAACACAUCUGCGCAAAAUGGAGGGGGAAUACUCGAAACUGUUAGCCAUUGCUCAGCGAUUCGUUUAAAUUGGUGUUUUUGUAUUCUGGGAGGACAAAUCCUAAAAUGCGUCUCCUGUAUUUAACUACUUAUCUUUGUAAAUAUAAAAAUGCCAUUCAGGAAAUUAGCUUUCAUGAUUACUUGUGGAAUAAUUUGUAAUAAAAUAUGUGGAUGAAA